AUGGGAGACGACCUAGAAGUGAUCGCAGGAGGCUCAACAGGCCUCAUCAAGCUGCGCACCGACAAUUCAUUCGUCGAAAAGGCACCACACCCCAAUGACAAAACUGUAGAAGCCAACCUGGAAGACUUGAGACGAGAAUAUGUCGCCUAUUCAAGAUUGCCCCGACAUCCACGUGUGCUCCAGCUUCACUCGCACAGUACACCACAACGACUUGUCCUGCCGUACCUCCGUAAUGGCUGUCUGCGCGAUUUUCUACGAUACACCUCCUCCUCCUCCUCAUCCUCACGACGACUUCAAUUUGCCGCCGAUGCAGCCGAAAGUCUCAGCAUCCUCCAUAGCGUCCAAAUCAUCCACGGCGACAUCAACUCCUGGAACUUCCUCCUAACAGACGACUUCCGACUCUGCAUCAUCGACUUCUCAGGCUCGACAAUCGACGGCUCGGCCGGCUCGGGGUUUGAAGGGUUUCGAUACUGUCUUCCAAGAUCCUUUCACGACCCUUCUACUGUACGAACGGAUCUCUUUGCACUGGGGUCGUUGCUGUAUGAGAUUAUGACGGGUGAAACGCCUUAUCAGAGUUGCGAGGAUCAGGAGGUGGAGGAAUACUUUCGAAAGGGAAUUUUUCCGACGACGAAGGAUGUGCCUCUCCUCGGGAGUGUUAUGUUGGGAUGUUGGCGAGGGGCUUAUGAGUCGGCUGAGGCGGUGUAUGAAGAUAUCAAGAAGCAGCAAGAAGCGGUCUGAGACGCGAUUGAGUUCCUCUACUGGCGACUAGCUCCUGAUGCUGUGGUGCAAUAGUGACUGAAAGUGCUUCAGAGUUGCCUUCAACUUCGCACUCCCAUGCACGGGUUUCUCCUGCGACUGGAACCCGUCCCCCUCUCUCUCAUGCGGAUGCCGACGCAGUCUGAGGUUACACUCCCACCGGAGCUGGGCAUCUCGUUAUCCUAAUGACCUCCUUGACCUGAUGGCCGCUUAUGUGGCAACAAGGUGUAGAUAUAAGAAGGCACCCACUCCAGUCUGUAUUUUCUCUUUACGGCUAAAAAUCACAGUUCCCUUCAGUAUUACGGUAGCCUCCAACGCUAGGAUGGCGUAAUAAGAAGCCAACUUAAUAGCAAGGCAGAAGCUGGACAUGCAUUCUGCGCCCCAACUUCUAGAGGCGCAGGCCUAGAAAUAUGGGGGCUGUUAGCAGGUAGAAGGGCCAGCGUGCGUUGUAUCUGCAGCGUUCCGAAGAGUGCAGAUGUGUUGUUGAGCAUAG